UGGGACUCUAAGUCUUACUGCUUUCCCUAGCUAGCUCAAAUCCCCAGCUCUCUCUCUCUCUCUCAGUCACUAAAGAGCUAGCUAGCUUUACUUACACUUCACCCCAAGAAUGGCACCCCUUAAUCUUCGUCUUAUGGCCUCUAUAUUUGGAAUUCUGGGUACCGUCGGCUCGUUCCUCGUUUACCUAGCUCCAAUCCCAACAUUUUAUUGGAUUUACAAGAAAAAAUCAACAUUUCAGUUCCCAUCUCUACCCUACUCAGUGGCAUUGUUUAGCGCCAUGUUGACGCUCUACUAUGCCUUCCUCAAGACAAACUCUAUGAUAAUCAUGGCGAUAAAUGCCCUUGGCAUCGUAAUUGAAACCGGGUACCUUGUGAUGUUCUUGAUUUAUACAGCACCAAAAUCCAGGAUCUACACAGCAAAGUUUCUUGUCAUUUUUAAUGUUGUGGGUUUUGGAGUGAUCGUAUUGAGUACAUGCCUCAUCCCAAACGAUGUUCUGCGGUUGCAAAUUGUUGGGUGGGUUAAUAUCGUGUUUGGUGUUGGUGUAUAUGCUUCUCCUCUUAUUGUUCUGAAAGACGUUAUCAAAACAAAGAGUGUCGAGUUCAUGUCGUUCUCCUUGUCACUAAGCUUAACUCUAUGUGCUAUCCUGUGGUUCUUCCAUGGCCUUCUAAUAAAAGAUAUAUUCAUAGCGGCACCAAACGUGUUAGGGUUUAUAUUCGGGAUUGUGCAGAUGUUGAUGUUCUUCAUCUACCGGAAGAGCACCAAGAAAGCUGAUUUACAGGAAUAUAGUCUAAGCACAACCACGGUCGAUGUUCCGGUGAAUUCUGACACGAAAGUAGUACUGGCAGUAAUAGACAUUCAUACUCAAAUUCAAGUGAAAACAGGGGAUGAAAAGAUGAGUUCUGACACUGAUGAUCUUGAGAAUCAACUACCAGAGCAGGGGCGGCCGGAAGACAGGUCGACCAACACCACCACCUAG